AUGCCAACACACCACCUGCCAACCCUCUCUAUCCAUCGUCAUGAUGGCUCUGGAAUCCCUCCAUCUGGCAGCUCUGGCUCUUUCUCUACAACUACACCUAUAUCCACAUCCACAUCUACUUCUACAUCCACAUCCACAUCUACAUCUACAUCUUCCUCCUCUACAUCUUCUUCCUCAAAUACCUUUAAAAAAUCUUCUAGAACAACUUCCCCACGUCCUUCCUCAGUCAUGGCACCAAACUCUCCAAUCUUCCCAUCUGAAGUAUUUUCCCCAGUAGACCUCUCCUUCCAAGUCCCAGAAAAUGAAAUAGUCUCAACAACAAGUGUCUCACUAGCCAUUGUUCUAGCAGAACCUCUUUUAUUCCUUCGUGGAUUCACCCCACAGGAAUACCAUGAUCGUUCCCCGUCAAUCCUCCGUGGUACCCUCAUUGUCAAAAUCCUUAAACCAACAAAAAUCCGUUCAAUCACUUUAGCUUUCAAGGGAAUAGCCAGAACUGAAUGGCCCGAGGGAAUCCCACCUAAAAAACAAGAAACUUCAGAAUCAAAUACUAUCCACUCCCAUGGAUGGGACUUUUUCAAGGCUUCUUUCCCAAACUCAGAUGUCACCUCCGGCGCAAAUAUGGUUAAACUUCAUAGAGAUAGCGCUCAUAGAAUGCAACACCUAGAUUCCUCAUCUUCCUCAUUGGAAGAUGUCUUGCCAUCAAGGUCCCGUGCAAAUUCCGGUGCUUCAGAUCUCGAAAGACCCUCCUUCCGCAAAUCCCAUCACCAUACAAGGUCCCAGUCUAGUGCAACAAGCUCACUCCAACUCUCAGAACAACCACAAGAGUCUACAAAUGCAAUCAAAGCCUUUGCUGACCGACUCCGCAGAGCUGCUUCUCCAUCUCCAGGACCUCCACAAAUCUCCUCUCCACCCCACCGCGUUUCCUCCUCAGUUUCUUUGGCUUCAAAGCGUUCCGCUUCGGUCCGACCCUCCUAUUCCCCGUCACGCGACCCUUCCUCCUCCUCGCUUGUCCACAAUUUGGUCCCCCGCAGGUCCUUUUCUAAAGAUGAACCCGUCGAGGCAGAAACCCAGCAAAAGGGUUACCGCACUUUUGAACCCGGCGAAUAUUACUACAAUUUUGAGCUUCCAAUCCCACAAUCCCUCCCAGAAUCCCUAGAGUGUAACUUUGGCUCCGUCAAGUAUUAUCUUGAUGCCGCAGUCGAUAAACCAGGAACCUUCCGUACAAAAGUCUCCGGAUCUAAAUUAGUCCCCAUCAUCCGCGCCCCCUCUGACAAUAACCUUGAGAUCUCGGAACCCAUUGCCAUUGCAAAGUCAUGGGAAGACCAACUCUACUAUGAAAUCGUCAUCUCUGGCAAAGCUUUCCCCAUAGGCACCCGCAUCCCUAUUGCCUUUAAGCUAACGCCUUUGGCCAAGGUUCAGCUCCACCGUAUCCGUGUCUACAUGACUGAAAACUGUGAGUACUAUUGUAAAAAUAAGCGUGUUCAUCGUAUCGAACCUACAAAACGCUUUCUUCUCGAAGAAAUUGCUUCCAAAGAGGGUCUUUCGGGUAAUCUUCUUCUUGAAUUGGCCCCCUCAGGACCUACACCAAAUGCCUUUGAAGGUAUCUCUGUCGAAAACGAAAUCACUCCACUCAUCCCUACAGAGUUCCCUCUUAAAAAGGAAACCCUCCAUCCAAACUCAACCUACGAAAACAUUAAGGUCCAUCACUGGAUCAAAAUCGUUCUCCGCAUCUCCCGCAAAGAUCCUAACCCGGCACCAGGCGCAGACCCGGCAAAACGCAAGCACUAUGAAAUCUCCAUCGACUCUCCCAUCCACCUCCUCGACCCUCACUGCACAAACUCAAAUGUCUAUCUCCCUCCCUAUAUCGACCCGGUCUCAAGAAGGCCCUCUGCUGCUGCUCAUCAUAGACCCUUCCCAGCCCCUGCAGAUGGCCCUCCCUCACUAACCCCGAUGGCCGAUCGACCCAUCCAUUUCUUGCGCAAACCUUCUGUGGCUCCACCUCCAUUUGACGCCGACGAACCCCCACCACCAAUCCCGGAUGAUGUGCCCGAAGAAGAAGAAGAAGACCCGCCCACUGAUGGUGCCCCCCUGAUUUCUUCUGCUUCUAGUGUCUCGUCCGGUUCCUCCUCCUCUGCAAACUCCGUCCCGGAUGCCCCACCACCUACCUACGAGCUCGCAACAAAGGAUUCUCCGCAACCUUACAUUGACCGCUUUAACAUGUAUCAGGAACUUCGUGGCCGCACCCAAUCAUCCGCAACCGCUUCUUCAUCCACCACCUAUGUCCCUCAACUUAGACGUUCAGUGGCUUCAACCAUUGUGGAAACUUCUGCCCCUCCAGUUCCAUCUCCAUUGACUCCUACAGCCCCAACAACUACUGUUGCUGGUGUUUCUGGCUCAGCACCAUAUACUCCUACCACCCCAACUGUCCCGGGUACUCCAGCAUCUUCAGCCGUCUCGUCAGCCAUCCGUGCAGGUACCAGCUACAUGACUCCUGGGUCUGUUUUGGCCCAAGAUGCAGGCCAGAAGUUGCCUCCGGCUCUUAACCGUAGUGUCACGGCAUUGGCACCAACCUCUGCAACAACAAGUUCAUCAACUGCCCCUCCACUAACUGGCGUGCUCACUGCUCCGGAAAUGACAAGAACUGAAUCGGCUACAGCAGACGGUGCGCGUACCAGACUCAUGAGCACUGUCUCCAGCGUGGACAUUGUUGACCAGGAUAACGAAGAUGAUAACGGAAAUUCUAUGGACCCAGACGACCCUCUUUCUCCAGCAUUGGCGGCCAUCUCAACAACUGCCCACGUACUGGCCCCCCAUGGACCAUCCUCGGUUCCAGCAACUACUACUCUUGUGGCCAGCCCACCAGCUAUCCAACCACUCAAUAUUCCAAGCCCAAGACAAGCAUCUGCGGCCCCUCCACUUUCGCUUCAAGCAUAUUCUCCUGGCCAUACUGCGGCCUUAACUCCACGUGCAGGCUCUGUGUCAUCCAUGUCUUCAACUUCGUCAGGUGCGGUGACACCUAAUGGCGGCUCAUCCCCAAGAACAGGUAGCCCGCGGAUUAGAGCCGGGUCACCUAGCGGUACUCGAUCCAAAACAUAUAUUGCAGACCUCGAGGCUCUGCUUCAAUCCAAGGCCAGCUUAAGCGAUAUGCGAGCACCGCUGCUCGGUUCAUUUUCCGGGCCUUCGGGUGGGGGGUCUGGUUUGUUGUCGACAAGUCCUCCUAAAAAUGGAGCUUCGGCUAAUUCCUCGGCAAGUGCGUUGGGAGGCGUUGCGGCUUUGGGUGUAGCAUAUCCAGCAUCGAAACAAGGCAACAACAACAGCAGCAGCAGCAGUGUGCAACAACAACAACAACCACAACAAGAGCAUUCUGCCACGGCACCAAUAGAUGUAACGUUGCCCACCACAUUUGGGAUCCGCCGUGCCAAAUUGCCCACCGAUUCAUUGCAAGACCUGGAAGACGAAGAUGACAUGGUAAGUGCCAUUCCAGGACAGCCCAGACUGGACGCUGCAUCGGCAUCGGCAAUGAUGAGUAGCGCGGCGAUUGCUGGCCAAGGCGUGAUGGGUCGUGCAGAUAGUGUGAGUGGGGAUAUUGGGUUACAUUCCCCAAGCGAUUUUGAUGAGGAUGGAGAGUCACUUCGAAGUACACCAUCAUUGUGGUUGGUUUAG